UAGACCGUACCAAGCUGUAUGCACUCUCUAGGAAGGUCGCCAUGUUGCCAGCUUAGCAGCUUCGCCUGCUACACGUCUGCGCAGUCUCUCGUUGUUGUGCCGCAAUGGCUCCGGGCGACAGCAGUGCGCUCAAUGCUCUCGGUGCUGUGUAUGGGCGGACUGCUACGUGGAAGGAACGGCGGCCGCGGCGGUGAAAAUCGGAGUGCGGCAAGGCAGGAGGAGGCGGAGAGGGUUGAGUAGGGUCAAAGGCUUGCCGGGCGCCAGUAGGUGGCUUCGGGAAUUCGGGCGCGAUCCGCAAUGUAGAUGCCUUCUACUAUUCAAUGUCCAGGUGUCUGCUUGAGAAUAGUGGUCCAAGGGCGCUUGGCGGAGCUCGCUAAACCGGCCAGGGUCUGUCGACGAUCGUGAACUGCUACAAAACAUAUCAGGCUGCGCCCGCCCGCAACAACGCGCUUGCACCGGUCCACCGAGCAGCAAACCGCAUCGCCCGCCAUGGCCUCUGAAAACAAGGUCAACAACGAGCCUUUCUACCUGCGCUAUUACUCCGGUCACCAAGGACGAUUCGGCCACGAGUUCCUAGAGUUUGACUUUCGCGUGCUGGGAGACGGCCGCAGUGCAUCUACACGAUAUGCGAACAACUCCAACUACCGCAAUGAUUCAUUGAUUCGCAAAGAGAUGUGCGUGAGCCACGCAGUGGUCAACGAGAUCAGGCAGAUCGUCAAGGACAGCGAGAUCAUGAAGGAAGAUGACACCAAAUGGCCACAGAAGAACAAGGACGGCCGACAAGAGCUGGAAAUCAGGCUGGGCAACGAGCACAUUUCUUUCGAGACGGCAAAGAUCGGUUCCCUCCAGGAUGUCUCUGAGUCCUCCGACCCCGAGGGCCUCCGCGUAUUCUACUACCUCGUGCAGGACCUCAAGGCCUUGGUGUUCUCACUGAUCAACUUGCACUUCAAGAUCAAGCCAAUCUGAGCCAGACCUGAAAGUUCGGGGGAAUGCCGGAUUUGCUUUUGCUGCGAGCGAAUAAACCAGGGUAGAAGAGCAGGCGAAUACGGCGCGGUACCACCUGUUUGCGGGCCGCAAGGCGUCUGGAGUCUAGAAUCAUCAAUGACCCAUAGCUAUCAGCAGCGCAUGGCAGCUGUUGUCGAGAGUAGCUGGAGCGCGCUCACAGAGCCGGCAGACAAAAUGGAAUGGAUUGCAAUGCACGGUUCGGCCCAUAUCCGCAGCGUGUUCGCGCCGUGAUGCAAGACAGUUCAGCCAGCGUCGCCAAGCUCG